AUGUCGUCCUCCAAGGCCGUAAACGUGCCGGUCAACGAGAAACAGAAGGAGAAGGAUGUCAACAACAAGCUCCAGCUCUACGGCAUCUCCCAAGCAUUCGCCAACGGCAAAGUCCCCUCAAACAAGCAGAUUGAUGUUGCCCUCAACUCGGCGCUGGCCUCAAGACAGUUGAGCUCUCCUUCCAAGAAGCUGUCCGCGGAGGGUCAGACACUUGUUGCCGAUCUGAAGGACGUCAUCGAGCAGGCCAAGACACUACUGCUCACCAAGAAUGAGGGUAACCUGCUACAAGACUUCAUUUGGCAGACCGAGCAGAUUACCGGCGGCAACGCGCAGGUUCCUCAAGCACCUGUCGACAAGGACACUGCCAGGCAGCAUGGCAACGAGGCCCUCGAGGGUCUCCGCACCCUCGGCACCCUUAUCAUCUCCAAUGGCCAGUUCAGGAAGCUCCUCUCGGACGCUACCAUCCUCUUACGGGACAUUGCUGGCGACGCUGCCCAGAACACGGCCAACAAGGUGAAGCCGGGUGAGCAUCAGCUCAACCAGAUGGACCGCCCGGCCGAAGACAACACCUGGCAUGACGUCCCCGACUUUUCCAAGGACAACCUUAAGAAUCAGAUGAAGCAGCAGUCCCCCUUCUCCAAGGGCGACGCUCAGAAGGCCGCGGGUGAUGUUACUCAGGCCGCUCACCCCGAGGGCUCGCGCGACCCCGCUGAUGUUGCUCAAGCUGGUGCCACCGAAGCCCAGACUGGUCAGGCGACCGGUCUUAAUGCUCAAAACGCUGCGAGCGAGGCCAAGCGUCAGGUGUCCGAGAACGUUCCAGAGGAGCAAAAGGACCGCGCGCGUCAACAACGCGAGCGCCUGAACAACUACCUCCGACAGAAGAUGCCCGAGGAGCGCCGUGAGCAGACCAUCUGGCGUCUAAAGAAGAUGGUCGUCGAAAUCCAGGGCCACCAAGACUACCAGCGCGCCAUCGACACUUUGCUAACAUUGGCCGAGCGCUACGCCGGACACGGUCGUGAUGUUGCCCAGCAGGGCAAGGGAUCCGUCCAAGGUGCGCAUCAGGAUGAUUCGCUUCAGAUGGCGGAAGCUGACCUCAAGGUGUGUUCUUCAGGCUUUGUUCGUGAUAAUAUAGAUUGGCUAACGAAUAUCAAGACUCUGUUGGAACGCUUUGCCAACAGCACCUCUUUCGAUGAUCUAAUCGACUCCAUCAACCAGAUCUACAAGGACGCUGACCGCGACCCUGACCUCAAGAACUGGUUCAAGCACAUGGAUGCCUACGUCCGCAAGUGCCUGAAGCAGCAAGGCUUCAUCAUGGAGGAUAGCUCCAACGAGGAGUGGAACCGCUUGUAUGACGAUGGACACGCGCUCCUUCGUGGACGCUACCGUGGCCAUACCGACCGUAUUGCCGACGAGUUCAAGUUCAUCGGUCAGCAGUUCGACUCUGACCCUCAGAACAGGGCUUUUGCCAACUCCCUUACGAAGCUGUUCAAUGACCUUGGCCAUGACGAGAAUGGCACGACGACUUUCAAGCCUCAUCUCGUUAAGGAUUUGACUGAAGUCAUCCUUCCCGGCAUCUUCGAAAACAUCCGCUAUGUCCCUAUUCCUCGUAUUGAGUACUCUGACCCUAUGGUCGACGCUGUUGUUGAGAACCUCGUCAUUGAGGGUGACAAUCUCGCACCUAACGUUGCCGAAUUUGGCUCUGACAACUACUGGCGCUGGGGCCGCAAGCACGUGUCCAGCAAGAACAAGAACAAGGUUAUGCUGUCUGUUAGCGGCAUUCAGAUGGACCUCCGCGACGUUUCAUACUAUGUGAAGCGUAAGCAGGGCUUCCCUUCGAUUACCGACAAGGGUGUCAUGGACAUCUUCAUGGGUGGCAAUGGAUUCAGCUUUAAGGUCGAGAUGGAGAACGCUGACAGGUCCAACGACAACGUUCACUACUUCAAGAUUAACAAGGUUACUAGCGAUAUCGAGAACUUGCAGAUCAAGAUGAAGAAGAGCAAUCACAAGCUUCUCUUCAACCUCUUCAAGCCACUUCUGCUUAAGGUCAUGCGCCCUGUCAUUCAGCGCGUCCUUGAGAAGCAGAUCAAGGACAACGUCAAUCAGCUCGACGCCAUUAUCUACGACAUCAAGAAGGAAGCCGACAAGGCUGCCGAGGACGCCAAGCGUAACCCUGAUCCGGAGAACAUUCAGAACAUCUACCAGCGCUAUGCUUCUGCUGCCAACCAGCGCAUUAUGCAGGGCAAGCAGAAGAAGGACAAGCUUGAGGAGCGUGCCAAGGAUACACACGUCAACAUGGCCGUUACUCAACAUGACAGCAUGUUCCAGAACAUCAACCUCCCCGGCGGCAUCAGCACAAAGGCCACUGAGUACAAGGAGCUCGCUGCUAAAGGUGAGAAGUGGGAGAGUCCCAUCUUCGGCAUCGGCAGUGCCAAGGAGACCUCUACUCUUCCCAAGAUUCCCUCCGUCCAGCGCAAGCCUCACGGUCGCCCCGAGGGGUACGGAGCUGAUCCUAGCAUGGGUGGUCCUGGUGCUGGUCUUGGUAGCUCUCAGGGUGUUGGAUCCGGCUUCCAUAACGAGGCCGGUCAGGGCUUGUCUCAGACUGGCUACGAUGGUGCUGGCUACGGCCAGGGAGGCUCCACUGGUGCUGGAUACGCACAAGGAGGCCCAACUGGCGCCGGAUACUCACAAGGAGGUCCAACUGGUGCCGGAUACGCACAGGGAGGUCCAACUGGUGCCGGGUUCGCACAAGGUCACCCGACUGGUGCUGGUGCUGGCCUCGCCAAUCAGAUGGACGGUGCUUUCAACGCAUCUGCCCCCAACACUGAGUCCGUCCCCGGAGGUACUGGCACUGCUGGCGCCCAGCCAGGCCAAGGCCAAUGUGAGUAA